UAAAUAACGGCAAAUUUAUAUAAGGCGAUAUAUUGAUAACAAUAACUCCAGCGAUAGUUAUCGAUAAUUUCAAUAUUUCUACUUCACAUGACUACCAUCAAUGAAAAAUGUUGACAAAAUUAAAAUGAAAUCAGAAAUUUUGGCAACCGCCUUUUUGGGUUUGGCGGUUAGGUCGAUAAUCUCGCUGUAUUCCUACUCGGGCUUCGAUUCCCCGCCCAUGCACGGGGACUACGAGGCCCAGCGGCACUGGCAGGAGAUCACAGUAAACCUGGGAGUCGGCGAAUGGUACACAAACAGCUCCAGCAACGAUUUAAUGUACUGGGGCCUGGACUAUCCGCCUCUGACUGCUUAUCACAGCUAUUUCCUGGGUCGAAUAGGCAAAGCCAUCGAUCCCCGCUUUGUUGAGCUGCACGAAAGCAGGGGAUUCCAGUCGGAGGAGCACAAACGCUUCAUGCGCGCAACAGUUGUGGCUGCUGACGUCCUCAUCUACUUGCCGGCAAUAUUGUUCUUGGUCUUCUCCAUAGACAAGACCUUCCAAAGCAAUGACUGUUUGUUUUUAUUCACGCUGAUUGCAACGUAUCCAGGCCAAAUACUGAUCGACAAUGGACACUUUCAGUACAAUAACAUAUCCCUGGGCCUCGCCGCCGUGGCAGUUGGGGCAAUCCUGCGUAAAAGAUUGUACACUGCCUCGUUUUUCUUCACAUUAGCCCUAAACUAUAAGCAAAUGGAGUUGUACCACAGCCUGCCCUUUUUUGCAUACCUUUUGGGCGAAUGUGUGAGCCAAAAAAGCUUUACUUCUUUUGCCUCCCAAAUUUCGCGGAUAGCAGCCGUUGUUCUUGCAACAUUUGCCAUUUUAUGGCUCCCCUGGCUGGGAUCGCUUCAAGCGGCUCUUCAAGUUUUGCAUCGCCUUUUUCCUGUGGCUCGAGGAGUUUUUGAAGACAAAGUGGCAAACGUUUGGUGUGCCGUAAACGUAGUUUGGAAAUUGAAGAAACAUUUACGCAACGAUCAAAUGGCGCUCGUGUGCAUUGGAUGCACUUUAAUUGCUGCACUUCCCACAAAUGUUCUCCUCUUUCGGCAACGAACUAAAGCCGGAUUUUUAUUAGCUCUUUUUAAUACAGCUCUGGCUUUCUUUUUGUUUUCCUUCCAAGUCCACGAAAAGACAAUUUUACUGGCUGCUUUGCCAUCCCUGUUCUUGAUGAAAUGGUGGCCCAAGGAAAUGAUUAUUUUCCUUCAGGUUUCCUUAUUCAGCAUGUUACCUCUUCUGACGAAAGAUGAAUUGUUGGUGCCUGCAUUAGUAUCCACUGUGACUUUUCAUUUGAUAUUCAAAUGUUUUAAUUCAAAGGCAAAGCUUAAUAACGAAUAUCUAUUGAAGUACGUUGCAAAUAUAUCAAACAUUUUGAUCAUUUGUAUUGUGGGAGCUUUUUUAACAAUCCCAGCCCCUUCGCGUUUUCCUGAUCUUUGGCCUUUAGUUAUUUCUGUUAUAAGUUGCGGGCACUUUUUGUUGUUUUUCUUGUGGGGAAAUUUUCAACAAUUUACCUGCAAAAUAAGCUAGUUUCCAAAGCAAAUGUUCUGUAAAAACUAUUAAAAAAAAUAUUCAACCUAACCCAAAGAAACGUAA